UUUCUGGGGGAAGGUCGGCGGGCGGCGCUCCGUUUCCCUCAAUCAAUACAAGCUGUUGAUUGACUAGCUUGUGGUGUCCCGCCCCUGGCAUGGCCUCCCCGGUAGGUGAGGAGAACCUGGAAGAUGUACCCAUUGAUGACUUCAGGGGCGCCACACUCCGCCUCGACCCUGGGUCUGGUCAGGUCUCCAGGAGCGUCAGCCCCAAUUGUGACCCCACCUCUUCUUCCUCCAGGUGAAGAUCCUCCUUCUCCUCCUUCUUCAGGUGAACCUUCUCCUCCAGACCCUUCUUCCUCCAGGUACAUAGAUGAUAAAAAUCGUCCUGUCCUGCGCACAGCAAUCAGUGACCCUACUACGGAUGUAGUUACUCCGCCCACUCCUGACCAGGCCAAUAACUUUUAUUGUAGCCAAGGUUUGAGUCGAUCCUUUUAUCAGCAACCCCCAAUUGGCCGGCCACGACGGGCGUCAUGGCAUGCAGAUACAGGAAGCGAGCCUGCCAUAGAUGAAUUUUUUUCUGUCAGAGUUGGAGCACUCGAACAGGCAGUGGAGGAAUGCCAACAUCUUACAGACCCAUUGAUUGAUGGGGCAAUCAAGGGAGCAUGGCUGUUAACUGAGAUUAACCACUGGGACAUUGAAAAAGAACGGGUUGUGAUUCUUUGUGAUUUGUCACUGCUAGUGGUCAAAUAUGAUUUCAUCGCUCUUCGCCAUAUUGAAUUUACUCGGAUAUGUCUUACAUCACUGGAAAACCUUCAGAUUGGGGAGCUGACGUACCCAAGCCACUCCCUUGUACCCCGGAUAAAUGGAAUUGCUGGAGGUGUGGUGACAGUCAUCCGCAGUUGUCUUUUGAGUCGUCUACAGAAUACUAUAGCUACACUUGGUUCACGAGCAACUGGAGCUCCUAGUUCAACACAGAAAGAAUCUGUGCCAGAGAACCAGUUUUCCCUGUCAACUGUCAGCUUUGAACCAAGGGCACGCAACAUGCAAGGCUUCCGUGUAACAUGGAAUAAUGGCCACCAAAUAUCUUUUGCACAGAAGUGGAAUCCUUGGAGCAGGGAUAUUCCUUAUACAACAUUUACCUCGCAUCCUCUUUAUUGGUAUACAGGUUGUGAAAAUGCCACCUAUGAUGCCAAGAGUCUUGCUAAAGAACUUAAGCUAGCCAUUGAGAACUUUCAAGAGCGGCCGGAUACAGCAGCAACCUGCAGUGUUAGCCAGAGUCCCAUCAUUAUUGAAAAUUAUGUCGGAAUUGCAUCCUUGCUUCAUAAUGCUACAGAGCUUGGCUUCUUCAAGCUACGGGGGAAAGUGAGCUUUUGAAAAGGUAUGGCGGGUAGCAGCGUGAAGCAUUGCGUGGGGGAAAAAAACAAUACUGCAAGUAGGUUGAAGAUUGAAGAAAAUUUGAAGCUUAGUUAUAUUGACUCGAGAGCUUGAUGGUUACUCUCGGAAGAUGUACUCAGGAGUCUCAUUUUAAUUUACUUUGUAGGUUUGUUUUUAUCAUAUAUUUGCUAAUAUAUUUUUGUUUGUUUCUAGUCCUUCCUCUCUCCUUUCCUCCUCUUAAAUUUUUGUGUCAAACUCUUUCUUCUCACUUUUUCCAUUUCCUCUUUCCUUCCCUCUUUUACCUUUUCAAUCCUCUCCUCCCCUUUUUCAUCUUACCUUAUGCUUUGUACCCCACUUUUUUUUUUCUUUUCCUUCUCUCAUCUCUCUUGUAUCUCUCUUAUCCUCCACACUCUUUCCUCCUUUCAUCAUUCCUUUUCUCUGUCGUUUCUUAUUCCCUAUUUGUUUAACUGUUAUUGACUACAAUUGUUAAUAAUACUGUACUUACUUUCCCUUUGACUCUAGUUUUCUAAUUUUAUGAUAACCAAAGAGAAAGCUUUAGUAUCUUAUAUUUUAAGACCGUGCUAAAUAGCAGUAUUGCUGGCUUUGAACAAUCAGUCUCGUAGGUUAAGAAAUACAAAUGCAACAUUAAGAAAUUCAGUUGGAUGGUGUGUUUGUAUAUCAACUAGGAAGCCAGAAGUAUAUUUAUGCACCAGCCAUGGGCAUUAGGGUACUUAAUUUAGUUUUUAAAUGUUAAGAAAGCAAAAGGUAAAAAUGUUCAAGUUUUUGUUUUGUUCCGUUGACAGGAGAAUGUAUGAAGUUGUAUGUUGAAUACAGUUCUUAAGAGUUGUACUCAAGUAACAACAUUCAGGAAGCUCGUGUCAGUAGUCUCCUUGAGAUAGUGUUUUAAAAACAUGGAACGAACACAUUUUCUUACUUGUAUAUCUUCAAUGUAGAGUACCAAAAUAACUAAUAAUUUUAGACCGUUUGUAUAAAAUAUGAUUAUGCCACCAAUGCUUAAUUUUGGCUUUGUAAAUAUAAAAUGUAUUUGUGAAUUUUGAUCAUGCAUUAGUCAAUAUAUAUUUCAAAGCUUUUAGAAGGCUGCAAUUUUAAUUAAAAUCUUGCUUAUACAAGAACACGUAGCGCUUCAACCCUUUAUACAGGGUAAUUUAAUCCAAUUUGUGAGUGUGUUUAAACAGAUAAUAUUUUGUAUAUAAGUGUAAAUGACUUAGAAAUAAUAUAAAUUUGCAUGUCUUGUAAAGAAAAAAAAAUCAUGAGGCCCAUUUCAUUGACUUAACCCCCUAAUAAUGAUAACUUUAUUAUGAGUAAGGGAAUGAAAUGGACCUUUUUGGAGUUUGUUGCUUCAUAAUAAUCAUCAUAUAGCUUAUUUUCCUCAUCUCAUUCAAAUUCUGGAUCACUUUCUUACAGUAAAUGUGCAAGUUUAUGAUACUGUAUAUGAUAUUACAGAGAUGCCCUCUC